AUGCCACUUAAUGGUUCACAUCCAAUUAUAGUGCUCAAUGUAACUGGCUUAAGUUUGCCCAUAUACCUUUAUAUUGAUAAUAAUGGUGACAUAUAUGUGAGCGACAAAGGUAAUCACAGUGUUUUUGUUUUUCGAUCGCAUUCAACUAAUAGUUCAAGAGUAGCUGGUACUGGAGUCAAAGGAUCUACCAAUGAAACGCUUGAUGGCCCAUAUGGAAUAUAUGUCAACAACGUUGGAACUAUUUACAUUGCGGAUCGUUAUAACCAUCGAAUCAUGAAGUGGUUAGCUGGUGAAUCAUCUGGAGUUCGUGUAGCUGGUAAUGGAAAAGCUGGCGAUAGCUUAAUGCAACUUCAUUCACCAACAGAUAUCAUCGUUGAUGAAAAUGAAUAUAUGUAUAUUAGUGAAUCACUUAGCGCACGUGUAACACGAUGGGCUCCUAAUUCAAACUGUGGAACGUGUAUCGCUGGUUGCUCGGGAAAAUCUGGAAGUGCACCAUCUCAGCUAUGCGAACCACACUCUUUAGCGUUUGACAGCAAAGGCUCACUCUAUGUCAGUGAAUAUGAAAAUCACAGAGUGCAAAAAUUUCAACUUCUUAACUCUCCUAUUCCAUACAAUCAACCAAAGAUUGUUUACAAUAUAACAUGGGAUCAAUGUGGCAUCACUUUUGCUAACAAAUGUAUUCUUCCUACGAUGCCUCAUGGUAUUUUUAUCGACUCGAAUGAUACCAUAUACAUAGCUAAUUAUGAAAAGGAUCGGAUUCUAAUUCUACCUAAAGAAGGUAAUAUUCUCGAAAGAAAAUUAAUUGUUAAGCUGUUCAGGUACACAAGUUUAUUCGUCACAUUGAAUGGUGAUAUUUAUUUUGAGAGUGGCAAUGCACCUGGUCGAAUCGAGAAGUUCAAAUCGAAUUCAACAAAUAGUGAAUUCGUGACAAAGUUCUCAGGAAACUGCUAUGGUCUCUUUGUUGACAUUCGAAAUACUCUCUAUUGUUCCAUUCCAUUGGAACAUCGAGUAGUGAAGGUAUUACUAGACCGCGAUAUUAAUACAACGAUCACAACAGCAGGAACAGAGUUCCAAGGGCCAGAACCAUAUCAGCUAGAUGUUCCUUGGGGAAUAUUUGUUGACAUUAAUUUUAACUUGUAUGUGGCUGAUGCUUCAAAUCACAGAAUUCAACUUUUUCGACCAGGAGAAUUAAAUGGAACUACAGUGGCUGGAAAUAAUAUUCCAAAUAAUUUGACAUUACACAGGCCAACCGACGUGAUACUGGAUACCGAUAGUUAUUUAUACAUUGCAGAUAAUGACAAUCAUCGUAUUAUUCGAGUAGGAAACGAUACAUUCCAGUGUCUCGUUGGUUGUACUGGCAAAUCCGGAUCGGCAUCCAAUGAACUCAAUAAAACAUAUGGUCUUCGCUUCGAUAGGUCUGGUAAUUUAUAUGUUGUUGAUGAAUAUAACAGUCGCAUUCAAAAAUUUAGUGUUUCACAUAAUUCAUGUGUAGAAACUCCAACAACUGCGAUACCAACUGCUGAAUGCACAACAACUAUCUCGACUUCUGAAUCCACAACAACUAUCUCAACCCCUGAAUCCUCAACCACCAUCUCAACCUCUAUAUCCACAACAACUAUUUCAACCGCUGAGUUCACAACAAUCAUAUCAACCCUUGAAUCCACAACAACGAUCUCAACCGCUAAAUUCACAAGCAGUAUUUCAACCCCUGAAUUUACAACAGCUCAUUUAUCUGAAACUUCAGAGUACAAUCAUUCAACGUCAUUAUUUUUUGUUGCACCUUCAUGUGGAAAUUCAACAAACAUUGGUAUUAACUGCAAUGUAUCUGGCACUAUUUGUGAUAUGGGAAAUCAAUGUCUAAACGAUGGUAAUUGUACCAAUAUUAAGAAUAAUCAAGAUUAUGAUUGUUUGUGUCCACCUGAUUUUAAUGGUAAACAAUGUCAAUUCGAUCAACGACUCUGUAAAGAAAAUACUUGUUUCAACAAUGGUAUAUGUGACACAAUCUUGGACUCAACAUUUAAUUGUACAUGUGCACUUGGUUAUGAAAGUGUUUGUCGUCCAUUAUUACUUGGUUAUUCAUGUGAAUGUCUUAAAGGAAGUUAUUAUGGUGAACAUUGUGAAAUAACUACAAGACGAAUAAUUAUUUAUCAGAUUGUAUCAAAAUCAUUUGGUUAUAUUGCAAUUUUGGCAAUGAUAAGUGUAGCAAUGUUUAUUAUCGUCAUGGAUAUUCUAAAAUAUGGUUUUGGCAUUGAUCUAGCACGUCGAGAAGUCGAACAAAUACGACGAGAAAAACAAGCAAAAAAACGUAAACAAGUUACUCAGCGACUUAUUUAUGUUAAUGCUAUACCUUAA